AUGGCCUCAGCCUGUCUGAGAGAGGACCGUCCCCUUCCGCGGAGGGCCGACGAAGGAUUUGAAACGUCGACUGGCACGCUCUACGUGUCCAAGCCCUACCGCUCAAAGUCGUCAAAGAAGCUGCGCGCCCUCAUCACCUUCGCCCCCCGCAAGUCCGUCUUCGACAUCGGCAAUGAGACGUCCAUCACCAAUGAGUUCCGAGGCUUUUUCUCACUUUUUUGGAUCUCCAUUUUUAUCUUCACCAUCCAAACUUAUGUGCGAAGCAUCGAAGCAAGUGGACGGCCAUUGAAUCUUCACUUUGCGACCAUGUUCUCGCAAGACGCCAUCACCCUUGCGCUGAGCGAUGCUGUCCUUGUUUUGAGCACUGGGCUUUGCGUGCCAUUUGCGAUUAUGCUCAAGAAAGGCCGGAUACAAUACUAUUGGACGGGGCUGAUUUUGCAACACGUUAUCCAAUCGGUAAUUCUGUUUUCUGCUAUUACAUGGACUUUCAAUCGGAAAUGGCCAUGGGUCCAAUCGGGUUUCCUAACUUUACACUCUCUGGUUAUGAUCAUGAAAAUGCACUCUUAUGCUACCAUGAACGGCCACCUUCAAAUAGUGCACAACCAUUCCAAGUGCGUUUUCAGCCAACUCCAGGAAGCGACAAAGCCCGUGGGUGGCUGGGAAAAGGCCCUCGACGAUGCAAAAACCAGACAAGCAGAACAGGACCUGGCGAACGCGAUUCCCGCAUCAUAUACUGACAGUACGCAUAGCACUCCAGCCAACGGUACUCCGUCCCUUCCAGAAGGUUCGUCAAGUUCAUAUGUGGAUGCUAGCACCGCCAACGCGCUGCGUAAGCGCCUUGCGGCCGUGGUUGCCCAAUCCUAUCGCAGCGGCGCUAGCGAGGGCAUGGGGAAUGCAGACGCAGAGGCGUCGCAAAACUCAGAACCCGCCACUUUUGUCGUCUCAAACGAACCCCCUCAAACGAUUGCGCCCCAUCCUCUCGUGAACCAUCCUAAUAACGAGAUUGCAGCGCUUGCAAAGGAAUACUCUGAGCUUCAGACAGAACUCACGAGUAUGGGGCCUCAGUAUGUGACUUGGCCGAAUAACAUCAGUUGGAAGAAUUUCGCUGUUUACCAGCUGAUCCCUACACUCGUUUAUGAGCUGGAAUAUCCAAGAACGGAGCGUAUCCGGCCUUUAUAUGUUUUCGAAAAGACGGUGGCCACCUUUGGGACUUUUGCCCUUCUGUACAGCGUGACGGAGAGUUUUAUUCUCCCAUACACGCCGACUGCGGACGAAUCUUUCGCCCGUGCAUUACUUGAUCUUGCCCUCCCUUUUAUGAUUGCUUACCUGUUGCUCUUCUACAUCAUCUUUGAAUGCAUAUGUAAUGGUUUUGCGGAACUUUCGUAUUUCGCAGACAGACAAUUUUAUGAAGAUUGGUGGAACUCGACCUCUUGGGACGAGUUCUCCCGGAAGUGGAACAAGCCAGUACAUGGCUUCUUGUUGCGUCACGUAUACGCUCCUACAAUCCUGAGCUACCGCCUCUCAAAGACCUCAGCCAUGCUCGUAACAUUCCUACUGAGUGCAUGUGUCCACGAACUGGUGAUGGUCGUGGUGACGCGGAAAAUCAGGAUGUACCUUUUCCUGCUCCAGAUUGUCCAAAUUCCGAUGAUACUCAUCAGUCGAAUCCCCGCUAUCAAACAGAACAAGCUCAUGGGGAAUGUAACCUUCUGGCUUGGGCUGUAUGCUGGCUUCCCAUUGCUCUGCGUCGCAUAUGUCGCAUACUGAGCGACAAUAUUUUUGCAUAAUUUCGUUAUUCCUAUAUUUGGUAUUUAGAGCCCUCUAUAACAACGAUGAGAUAUGUAUCUGAGAUAUAAUCAACACUCCUGUAUUCGCAGCCAACACGUACUUACGAAUCUGAUCUUACGGCGCGUAGGAGCGUACUUUUGAGAAC